UAGCGGUCAGCAGCGUUCCAAUUUGGCAUUUGAAUCCACCCAGAAAAUGGAGCUUGCCUAGCCACUGCCCAGGGGAAGUGAGUGAGAGCCCAGAGAGAGAGAGAGAGAGAGAGAGAGAGACCAAGUCUAACAGGAUUAGGCCCAAACUCAUAACGACACAAGACAGAUCCAACUCGGAUACAGAAACAUUCAGAGAUACUUUCGCUCCAGAGACAAUUGCAGAGCAUUUACGUCAGCAAGGGUUACGGCAUUUACGGCAUUUACGGCAUUUGCAGACAUGGACUUUAAGGAAUAUCGCCAGCGGGGCAAGGAGAUGGUCGACUAUAUAGCGGACUAUCUGGAGAAUAUACGAGAGCGUCGCGUCUAUCCGGAUGUCAGUCCGGGCUACAUGCGCCAGCUACUGCCGGAAUCGGCGCCAAUUGAGGGCGAGCCCUGGCCAAAGAUAUUCGACGAUGUGGAGCGCAUUGUCAUGCCGGGAGUGACCCACUGGCAGUCGCCCCACAUGCACGCCUACUUCCCGGCCCUCAACUCGAUGCCCUCGCUGCUGGGCGACAUGCUGGCGGAUGCCAUCAACUGCCUGGGCUUCACCUGGGCCAGCUCCCCGGCCUGCACCGAGCUGGAGAUCAUCGUGAUGAAUUGGCUGGGCAAGAUGAUCAAUUUGCCGGAUGACUUCCUUCACCUGAGCAGCAGCAGCAAGGGCGGCGGUGUGCUCCAGACGACGGCCAGUGAGGCGACGCUGGUCUGCCUGCUGGCCGGACGCACGCGGGCCAUCCAGCGCUUCCAUGAGCGGCAUCCCGGCUAUCAGGAUGCCGAGAUCAACGCCCGCCUGGUGGCCUACUGCUCGGACCAGGCCCACUCCAGCGUGGAGAAAGCAGCGCUGAUUGGACUCGUGCGUAUGCGGUACAUUGAGGCGGACGAGGAGCUCGCGAUGCGCGGCAAACUGUUGCGCGAGGCCAUCGAGGAUGACGUUAAGCAGGGCCUCGUCCCCUUCUGGGUCUGCGCCACCCUCGGCACCACCGGCAGCUGCAGCUUUGACAAUCUGGAGGAGAUCGGGCUGGUCUGCGGGGAGCACAACCUGUGGCUGCACGUGGACGCUGCCUACGCUGGCAGCGCGUUCAUUUGUCCCGAGUUCCGCACCUGGAUGCGCGGCAUUGAGCGGGCGGACUCGAUUGCCUUCAACCCCUCCAAGUGGCUGAUGGUGCACUUCGAUGCCACUGCCCUGUGGGUGCGGGACAGCACCGCGGUGCAUCGCACCUUCAAUGUGGAGCCGCUGUAUCUGCAGCACGAGAACUCGGGCGUCGCCGUGGACUUUAUGCACUGGCAGAUACCGCUGAGUCGCCGCUUCCGCGCCCUCAAGGUGUGGUUCGUGCUGCGCUCGUUCGGCAUCAAGGGCCUGCAGCGCCACAUACGCGAGGGUGUGCGCCUGGCCCAAAAGUUCGAGGCCCUCGUCCUGGCCGACCAUCGCUUUGAGCUGCCAGCCAAGCGGCACCUGGGCCUGGUGGUGUUUCGCAUUCGCGGCGACAAUGAGAUCACGGAGAAGCUGCUCAAGCGACUGAAUCAUCGUGGGAAUCUCCAUUGCAUUCCCUCCUCGCUGAAGGGGCAGUAUGUCAUCCGCUUCACCAUCACCUCGACGCACACGACCCUCGAUGACAUUGUCAAGGACUGGAUGGAGAUACGCCAGGUGGCCUCCAUGGUGCUCGAGGAGAUGAACAUUACCAUCUCGAAUCGCGUGUAUCUGAAGGACACCAAGGAGAAGAGCGAGGCCUUUGGCUCCAGCCUGCUGCUGUCCAACUCUCCCAUGUCGCCCAAAGUGGUCAACGGCUCGUUUGCUGGCAUUUUCGAUGCCGACGAGUUUCUGGCCAAGACCUAUGCUGGCAUUCGCAUAGCGCAUCAGGAAUCACCAUCGAUGCGGCGACGUGUGCGUGGCAUUCUCAUGUCCGGCAAGCAGUUCUCGCUCGACUCACACAUGGAUGUGGUGGUGCAGACCACGCUGGAUGCCACCACCGGCGAGACGAACAGCACCACCAACUCGUAUGGCCGGACAACGGUGCGCGAGGGCACGGCCCAGGGCGGCGGCCAGGCGAGCAUCAGCGAGGACAACGAGGAGUCGGCGGAAGAAACUGAACUGCUGCAACUCUGCCGGAACAGCAGCUCCCCCUCCUGUCCCACGCACCAGUUUCGGCCCAUUUCCCUGUUCCCGAUUCCCCUACCACCUUCCCCUUGCUCCACCUCUUCCACCUCCAGCACAGGCCGCAAUGUCACCGUCUCUGUGGACACUCUCUUCGCGCCCCUCAAUCACGGCGACAUGUACCAUGGCAAGCGGUUCCUGGAGCCCGUCGGCAACCUCUUGGACAACGGCUCCUCCAGCUUCAGCAGCAGCGUCUACCAUCUGCCCACACCCGUUGUCACGCCCACCGAGCAGCACCACCACCAGCUGGAGGACUUUGACUGGCCGGCCAAGACCUUUGGCCAACUCUUGUUGGAGCGCUACGCGAACGCCUCCCAAUCCCCCGGCGACUCCUCGACGGACAGCAGCAGCAGCUGCCUGAGCUAUCCCAGUGCGGAUGGUGGGCAGGCCACGCCCACACCGAGGAGCAGCCUCAAUGAUCUUGCCUCACCGCUUCUCGGCUCAUUUGCAUCGCCCUCGUCCCAGCUGAUGCAAUCGGCCCGCGAAGAGAUGGAAGGAGAAGGAGUGGGAGUGGGAGCGGGAGAUGGAGUAGCAGAUUCCAGCGAUUCGGAUGCGACCAUUUGCUCAGGUGCAUCCUCGCUGGAAUCGCUCUAGCUCUGGCUCUAACUCUAGUUAGUAAUUGUGUCUCUCCCUGUGUGU